GUGCAAAGGUAGAAUUUUGUUUGCGGGUUUUUUCCUUUUCCACUGAAUAUUGUGCAGUGUGCAGUGUACUCGACAUUUGACCGAUUCGAUUCCGAUCGCGGUGUAACUACCUUUACGGAAACCAAACCUUUGGAUUGCCAACGAUUUAACCCGACGCCACAGAAAAAUCUGCACAGUCUACACAGUGUAUCGAUUGUACAUACAAAUGGAUACGAGUACACGAUAAGCAAAUAGAAACUUUAUAAAUACGAUACUCGCAAAGACUCGCAGUUGCCUUACCCAGUGCCAAAAAUCAAUUUUAAAUAAUUACUUAGUGAUUGUACCUGUCAAAGUAACAGAAAAACAAAAACAAAACACACACAAAAAAACAAAAAACAAAACAAAAGGAGAACAAAAGGAGAACAAAUCUACGCAUAUGCAUUCUACAAUAUUUAAAUAAAAGCACUCUACUACUGUUAAAUUAAAUUAAAAUGCAUAUUUUACAUCGCACGAACGACCAUCAAUUCGAGGAUCAGAAGUUUAUGAUGGAGCGCCUUAGUGGACAUGGGAGUCUAGGAUUGUCCAGCAGCAGUGCCGCUUACACGACCCAUUCCGGCGGACACACAGGUAGAAGCGGUCCGGCCACGGGGCAUAGUGGACACAGUGGUACUCAUGGGUCAGCAGCUACCAUGCAUCAUCAAUCACUUCAGUCUGAUUUCCAGCCUCCGUAUUUUCCGCCACCGUUCCACCAUUCGACGCAAAGCCCUCCUCAGCAACAGAUAUCUGAGUACUUGCAGAACCACGGUGCCCUCGAAUACCUGGGCACGGAUCCGUAUGGUCAGCCUUUGUCAUCGUUACAUCAUGCCCCCCUCCAUCACUACAAUCAGUUGGCGGGCCUGAGGUCGACGCAAGAUCAACUUGGGAUUCAUAGAACCCACAGAGAGGCGGAGCUCCAAGGACAUGUUUCCCAGCUGGCUCAUGGAUUUCCGUACACAGACAGAAGAGGCGACUACAGUAGUGCAAUAUCGGCGGGAGCGGCGCAUGGAACCCGCCUCGGGCACGAGCAUGAGUCCCUGGCCCUGCAUCAAGCUCUGCAAAACGCUGUCGAUGAUGUUCAAGCACCUGCCAUAGAUGACAACGUAGCCUUCAUGUCAGACCUUCCACUUAUCAAAAGCAUGAAAAGCGGUAAAGAUGCAGGGAACAUUGGUUCUGGUUCCCCCAGUGAGGUAUUCUGUGCAGUUCCUGGUCGCCUUAGUCUCCUAUCGAGCACGUCGAAAUAUAAGGUCACCAUUGCGGAAGUGCAACGAAGACUGUCGCCACCCGAGUGCUUGAACGCCUCCUUGCUGGGCGGAGUUCUAAGAAGGGCCAAGAGUAAGAACGGCGGUCGUUUGUUAAGGGAGAAGCUUGAGAAGAUCGGCUUGAACCUACCAGCGGGAAGGCGAAAAGCGGCGAAUGUGACACUGCUAACAUCUUUGGUGGAGGGAGAAGCAACCCACUUGGCCAAAGAUUUUCACUUUGUUUGCGAGACAGAAUUCCCGGCCAGGCAGUUGGCGGAGUACAUUGUGCGUCAUCAAACGGAGCCCAAUGAUUCAUAUCGACGAAAAGAGCUCAUCCUUCACUCCCAGCAGAUUACAAAAGAGUUAAUGCAGAUCUUAAGCCAAGAUCGGACGACUCAUUUUGGAACAAGAUCACAGCACUUGCUGGAGCCGUCGAUGCAGCGUCAUUUAACACACUUCUCCCUGAUUACGCACGGGUUUGGUUCUCCUGCAAUAAUGGCCGUUCUGCAUGCUUUCCAGACAUUUUUGAACGAAUCAUUAAACUAUUUAGAAAAGUUAUACCCUUCGAAUGGAGGUGGUAUGGUGUCGUCAUCAUUGGACAAAAGUAAAAUGGACAACGAAAAAAAAUGAUAGGCCUAGGUGUAUAUUGCCACAGAUAAAAGCAAAUAGUAUUUUAAGGAUACUUUCAAUAGUACGUUAGAUACGGCAAACCAUAAAAUAAUAGCAUACCUGUAAAUUAAUUUAUUUAGCUAAGGUGUAAAUUAUUUAAUUUUUGUAUAUCUCUAACUGUAAUUUGAAUGUAAAAUAUUCACACCUAUAAUAUACAUCUAAUUUAUUUAACUUAGAAAAAUGCAUCGACUCUUUACAACUAUUAUA